AUGUUUAUUAAAACACCUUGGUCUUCCACUUUGGGCUCAUCGACAUACAAAAAACAAUAUUGUAAUGGUAAUAAACGUAAAUUAUUAACAGCUAUUUCAUUGAUAGGUAACCCAUCCAUAAUCUUUAUGGAUAAACCAACAACUGGAAUGGAUGCAUGUGCAAAAAGAUUUCUAUGGAAUUGUAUAUUAACAUUAACUCGUAAAGAUCAUAAAUUAGUUAUAAUAACAUUCCAUCCAAUGGAAGAAUGUCUUGCUAUAAUGGUUAGUGGAGAAUUCAAAUGUCUUGGUAGCGUACAAUGUUUAAAAACAAAUGAUACGAAAAAUAUUAUUAAUUAUAUAAAAGAACGAAUAGCAAAAACUGAUGUAAAAGAAGAACAUAAUAAAAUGAUACAUUUUUGUGUAUCAACAAAUGUUCCAUUAAAUAAAUUGUUUGCCGUUUUAGAAAAAGCACGAGAAGAAUUAGGAAAUAUAAUUGAAGAUUAUACAGUUACACAAGUAACACUUGAUGAUAUAUUUGUUAAUUUUGCUAAAAUACAAGAAAAUCAAUUAUCAGAAAACUUUAAUGUUAAUAAUGAAAACAUUUAUUUUAAAAGGAACUUUUUAUAUGAAUUAUUUUAUAGAAAAGAUAAAAAUAUUAUUGGUAAGUGA